CCCAGAUGGAGCCGCAUCGGCAGCAAGGGUGGGCUUCACCGCUCGCUGCCCCCCUCUCUCCCUUCAGUUGCUUUUCCGGCUGCCUGGCUCAGGAGCUGCCUGCCAGGUUUCCCUAGCAAUGGGCCAUGUCCUACGCAGUGGCCUCCUCCCCAGGCCAGCCUGCCUCCCGCCUGCCUGCGCCGCCUUCCUCCGCCGCCCUCUCCGAAGCAGCCCAUGGCCGGACUCUGCUCGGCGCGGCUGCAGGGCGAAGCGGCUGCCUUCGCCACUGCCCUCCGCACCCUGGUCAACAACCCCCAGUUCAGUGAUGUGACAUUUGUGGUGGGCCGAGAGCAGCAGAAGGUGUUUGCGCACCGCUGUGUGCUGGCGUGCCGCUGCCAGGCUUUCCAGGGGAUGCUCAGCCAGGGGCUGGCAGACAGCGAGGACCACCCCAGCAGCAUCCCACCCCAGGGCCCCUUCAUCCUGGGAAAUGUGCAGCCUGAGGUCUUCCUGGCCGUCAUUGAGUUCCUCUACACCAACAGCGUCACCCUCAACAGCCAUAUCGCACUGGAGGUGCUGACCUCAUCGGUGGAGUACGGCCUGCAGGACUUGUGUGAGCUUUGCGUCAAGUUCAUCAAGGACACUCUGAGCGUGGAACAGGUCUGCGAAGCCCUACAGGCUGCGGUGACCUACGGGCAGGCAGACCUCCAGCAGCACUGCCUGGCCUUCAUCGAGGACUGCACCGCGGCGGUGGUGCGGACGCGAGGCUUCCAUGAGCUCUCUGACACGGUGCUGGCGUGGGUGCUGCGCAGUGACCGCCUGGCUGUGGAUGAGCUGGACCUGGUGCAGGCUGUGCGGGAGUGGGCACACGUCAGUUCAGCCGUCUUGGAGCGCCCAGUGCCUGAGGUGGCCACCCUGCCUGUACAAGAGCUGCGCCUGCCCCUGCUGGCACCCACUGAGCUGGCAACGCUGGAAAGCCACAACCAGAGAGACCUGCUCAUCCCGGUGGAGAGCAUUGCAGCAGCCUGGCGGUCCCAUGCACUGAAGAAGGGCAGCGGGGUGCCCUCCCACCUUUGCCGGCCCCGGCAUGGCACGCGGCCCCGUGACCACCACCGGCACCUGGACCCGCACACCAAGUAGGGGCAGGAAGCCAAGAUGCCCCUAUGCCUGACCUGGGGCACUUGGGCAGCAGCAG